AGCAGCAGUAGUCUGCUUCCCGCUCUGUGUUAGCCCCUCCGCUUCCGGUUUUUAGUUAACUAAAUUAUUUACCGCGGAACACUAUGAGGAGAACCAGAGGUUCAAGGAAACAAACUCAGAGCGUUGACGAAAGCGAUGAGGUCCAGGAAAAGAAAGUUUGGCAGUGGAGAGGAGAUGACGGGCAGUGGGAGGCGUACCCAGAUGCAGCCUGCUCCGUGCUGGAAUCUGCUGUCUCGUCUGGGAAGAAAACGAUUACUCUGACUCUUGGUGCAGGCAGGAAGUACAAAGUCGAUCUGGAGAAAAUGAUCCAGAUUAAUCCUGCAACCAAAUACAAGAGAGAGAUUCGCUGUCAGGCGGUAAAAGAAGAAAAUUUAAAUGAAGACAACAAAGAAGCCUCUCAAAAUGGAGCUCCAGCUCAAAUUAAAGAGGAAGAGGAGGAGGCAGCGGAGGAGCCGGUGGUUAAGAAGAGAAAAGGGCAAAGCAAGGCUGCAAAAAAACCCAAAGAGGAAAUAAAAACGGAAGAAGUGGUGAAGACGGUGGUGAUGAAGGGAAAAGCUCCAGUGGAUCCUGAAUGCAAAGCUAAACUUGGACAGGCUCACGUUUACUGUGAAGGAGAUGAUGUGUAUGAUGUGAUGCUGAACCAGACUAAUCUCCAGUUUAACAAUAAUAAAUAUUACCUGAUCCAGCUGCUGGAGGACGACGGCUCUAAAGUUUACAGCGUCUGGAUGAGGUGGGGAAGAGUGGGUAAAGUGGGUCAGAACAGCCUGGUUUCCUGUGGCUCAGAUCUGAAAAAGGCCAAAGAUGUUUUCAAGAAAAAGUUCUACGACAAGACGAGCAACGACUGGGAUUUAAGGGAUUGUUUUGAGAAGGAACCUGGAAAAUAUGACCUGGUGUUCAUGGACUACAGCGCCAAUGAAAAGGAGGAGAACAGAACAGCAGUCGACUCUGUCCUCAAAAAGCAGCCGUCCAAGCUGGAUCCUAAGGUUUACUCUCUCCUCGAACUCAUCUGUGACAUAAAAGCCAUGGAGGAGUGUGUGCUGGAGAUGAAGUUCGACACUAAAAAAGCUCCUCUGGGAAAACUGACCCAGGAGCAGAUCCGUGCCGGGUAUGAAGCCCUGAAGGCUAUCGAGUCGUGUUUGAAGAAAAAGGGCAGCGCCCGGAAUCUGCUGGAAGCCUGCAACGCGUUUUACACCCGCAUCCCUCAUGACUUUGGGUUAAAACCUCCCCCAAUGAUUAAAACGGAGCAAGAACUGAAGGAAAAAAUAGCUCUGCUGGAGGCACUGGGUGAUAUCCAGAUUGCAGUGAAAAUGGCCCAGUCCAAUGCAGACAGUGAUGAGCAUCCACUGGACCGUCAGUACCGCUCCCUGCAGUGCCAGCUGCAACCUUUGGACCACAGCAGCCAUGAGUUCAAGCUGAUAGAGAAGUACCUGCAGUCCACUCACGCCCCCACUCACCGCAACUACACCAUGACGCUCCUCGACAUCUUCUCUGUGGACAGAGGCGGGGAGAGCGACAGCUUCCUCUCACACUUGCAUAACAAGACUCUCCUGUGGCACGGCUCCCGUCUGACUAACUGGGUCGGCAUCCUCAGUAAGGGGCUCCGAGUGGCGCCGCCGGAGGCUCCCACCACCGGUUACAUGUUUGGUAAAGGCAUCUACUUUGCAGACAUGUCUUCAAAAAGUGCCAACUACUGUCAUACCAGCCAGAGCAACCAUGUGGGGUUUCUGCUGCUGUGUGAGGUGGCUCUGGGUGACUGUAACGAGCUGCUGGACGCCGACUACGAGGCCCAUAACCUGCCUCCUGGAAAACACAGCACCAAAGGCCUGGGUCAGACCGGCCCUGACCCCAGAAACGCCGUAACGCUGAAUGGGAUGACUGUUCCGAUGGGUCCCGGCGUUAAAACAAAGGUUAGCAACCCCGGCGGUUAUUCGCUGCUCUACAACGAGUUCAUCGUUUACAACCCAGCUCAGACCCGGAUGAGGUACCUGCUGCGGAUCCAGUUCAACUACGCCUCGCUGUGGUGAAGAGCCGUCUGACCACGUUCCGUCUCCAAGCUCCAUCCUCCUUUUGUUUAUGGGGAAAUCUUCUUUUUGGGUUUUUUUUUUCUCCCACUGUUGGUUCUGGGGAUCUACUGACACUUGAACAGGCUCCUGUUGCUAGGCAGAUUACAGAUAGGUUUACUUUCUACUUGGGACUUGAAGUAAUUCAGUAAGGAAUAAUUGAUCAACAGGUGGUGCAUUAGUGCAGCAGCAUUUAAAAUAAAAACAUUUUUACUGAAGUUUGGAUUCAUUUAUAGUUUAUUAAUAAAAUGUUCUGUGGAAUAACUUUCUAAUAUCUACCUAAUAAAAAUCAACAUUUACCACUGAAUGGAAUUAAAGCCUUAUGAGAGUUAACUGAAUGAAUGUUGGAUUUUAACCCAUUGAGGUUUCCUUAAAGAUUUAACAGCCUAUAAUAAUAGCCUUAAAGGUCUGAGGUUAAAAUGACUGAGUUAAAAAGGGAACAUUAAAGCUGGAACCGUUUCUGCUGUGCGGUUUUAUUGGUUGCUCCUCUCACAUCCCUGUGCCGCUGCAGCUCACCGAGUAUUUCAGCCUUUUUGUUCAGUAGAGCUAAACUGAGGGUUUAUAAAACUGCAAGGAGGCUGCCUGACAUGAAGGGUAAACAAAUUGCACUACACCUCAUUUAUGUUGCUUUUUUUAUUCAUUUCUCCUUAA